CACUCACCCUUUCUCUCUGUUUCUCGUUCAUUUGCAGGGCAGCAGUGGACAGACGCCGCUCCACUGCACAGAAAGCUGCUUUUCUGUUUUCAACCUACACCCUUCAUACUUGUCUGUGCGCGUUGUUAAGAAAGCUGUAGAUACUUUCUCUCUGAGUUCCUGAUUUGAGCAGUUACACAAUACUGUUACAGGAUGAGCUCUGAAGACUUCACUGACAAAGCCCUGUCCAGGAUGCAGAUGGCAAAGGAAAUGAAGGACGAGGAUAAGUUGUACAGAUAUAAGGGGGUCCUAUACCCCUGCCUCAUGUGCCCCGAGGAUCAUCUGAAGGCUUUGGAGAACAUGGAGGCCAGGGAGGAAGACCUCAUGCUGAUAGCGUACCCCAAAUGUGGUUUUAAUUGGAUGGUUGGCGUGGUGAGGAAGAUCAUUACUGAGGCCACUGGAGAAAGAGCAGAAACCAAGAUGCCCCCACUGAUCGAGUUCAUGGGACCAAAGGUUUUAAAGGCUGUAAAUGAGGCUCCAUCUCCAAGGUUUCUAGGGGCUCACCUGCACCCUGAUAACAUCCCCGCCUCCUUCUAUGCAAAGAAACCCAAAAUGCUGGUGAUCUUCAGGAACCCUAAAGACACUGUGGUCUCCUUCUAUCAUUUCUGCAACAACAACCCAGUCCUUCCCUCUCUAAAGUCCUGGGACUCCUUCUUCUCUGACUUCAUGAGCGGAGACGUUCCCUGGGGGUCUUACUUUGAGCAUGCCUUGGCCUGGGAGAAGAGGAUGGAUGACCCCAACGUCAUGAUUGUCACCUUUGAGGAGCUAAAACAGAACCUGAAUGAGGGCGUCCGUCAAAUCAGCACCUUCUUUGGCUUCAGCUUGACCACGAGUCAGGUCCAGAAGAUCACUGAGGAGAGCACCUUCAAAGCCAUGAAGGAAAGCUCUGCAAAUGCCCACACUAUUGGGAACAUCAUCUUCAGGAAAGGUGAGGUCGGUGACUGGAAGAAUCACUUCACACCAGAACAGAGCAGAGAGAUGGAUGACGCCUUCAACAAACACCUGGCAGGAACAAGGCUGGGAGCCAAACUCAACUACCAGAUUCACUGUCAGUAGGAAGCCAGGGAGAAAUCAAAGGGAGGGAAAUGUGUUGUUUUCUACGCCUUGGGGACUUCUCUGCCCUGAGCUGAGGGCCCCCUCCUCAGGAUAGAUCUGCACAGAUCUCUUUCUUUCCUGGUUUGGACUUCAACCCCAAAGGCAUCAACUCUUCUGACAUUGUUGGAGGCAGGAAUGUCAGGCAAAAAACUGCCUGGGAGGCUCAGUUCAAGCAGUAAAGUCCGUUCUGAAAGGCUGGAAUAAUGAAGAAGAAAUUAAAAAAGAGGGGAUGCAAGAAGUAGAUAAGAAUGCAUUAUGGGUUAUUUACCUUUAACAUGAUGGCUGACACAUAUCAUUCAAGGAAUAGUUUUACAUUUUGGGAGAUCAAUACCCUCCUUGUAUUUUAAAACUUAAGAAUGUUAUAGCAGGGCUCACCAAAAGACUGCUGUCCAAGUCCUGUAAAGAAACAAACCCAAACCUUAUUUUGACUUAAACUGCAUAUGUUAAGUUUUAAGAUUGGGUUAUAAUGUAAUUUCACUUGUAUGUUCAUAACUUUAAAAAAUGAACUCACCUUUGCUCAAACCCCCAAUGAAGGUUGCGACAACGUUGUGCCCCCCCCCCCCCCAAACAAAAAAAAAUGUCAAACUAUUCUUUUAACCAACUCAUGGGAUUCCACAUUUUGGUUCAUCUGGAGUCUAUCUGUUUGUUAAAUAGAGAGAUGUCAGUGAAAAUAACAGUUUACAACUUAAAAAAGACAAUACACAAGCAUAGGCUAUGUCAGAAAACCUUUCUUAUUCGUUUAAUGACUUAAGUACUGCACUCAGUUUUUAUAGUCAUCAGAGGAAAUAAAACUUCAAGUACUGCAUUGUGUUUUAACAAACAGCCAAGUCAGUUUGCUCUGAGCAAAUCAAAAAUGUUUAACCAGGCCGUUGAAUUUCUACUAUUAUGAAUGUAGCAUUGUUUGUCUCUCUCAGGUGUCAGAUUUAUCUAUAAUGAUAAGUCCCAGGUUGCUUUAUUUCCUCAUGUUUAAAAGCUGUUUACAAACAUAACAGUUGAAUUAAACUGGCAGCUAUUACUUGAAUCUUGUGGAGAAACUGUAGUGUUUAGAUAGUUCUUUAAUGUGAUUUUUGGCUAAUACAUGACCUACAUUACAUCUCUUUUCAUGACCAUUACAUAAUCAAAAUAAAAGUCAACCCAUAUCUCAAA